AUGUCGGCUCAGGACUACUAUCAAGGCGGCGGCGGCGGCCAGAAUUACGGACCGCCCCAGGGCUACCCUCAGUCUCCUCAACCUCCGUACGGAGGCCCGCCUCCCCAGGGACAGUAUAACCAGUAUGGACCUCCUCCAGGUAACUACGCGCCCGGAUAUCCCCCGCCUGGCCAGUACCAGCACGGCGGACCACCUGGAGGGUAUGGCGGUCAGCCGCCCAUGCAGUACCAGCAGCAACCACCCCCUGGAUCCAAGGGCAGCGGUAAUGCCAAGUCGCAGAGGAAUUGUCUAGUCGCCUGCUUGGCAACGAUGUGUUUCUGCUGCGCAGUGGAGGAAUGCUGCGAGUGCUGCUGCGAGUGCUGCGAAUGCUUCUGUUAA